AUGUCGCUCCCACUGAACACCAAAAUCAUCAGUGAGGUGCUGGAAGCGCUGAGGAGACAGGCUGUUGGUGUCCUUGGCUUCACAAUUCUGGUACAAGGUGGAGAUGAUAUGGGGUUGUCUGAAGAACCUCUUGACAUUCUUAUUCUUGCUCAUACGUUGAAUUGGUACCUCACACCUAUCGGUUUCAUCAUGAACCUUGUUGAUAACCUAACAAGCAAUGCAGAAGUGCAUAAAUGUGAGCAUUGUGUUUGGUAUGAGGGGGCCAUGACUGCAGUUGGGAUUCAAGUUGUGGGACUAAUGAUGUUCCUGCGAUGUGUUGUGAUCCUUGUAGCAUCGUUAUUGUUUGUUUGGGUUGCAGUUGGCGCUUGGCUGUUGUCUCACGGUGUAGCUUGUUGCAUGGAAUUCUCUAAUGUUGUAAUGUGUACCAUAAACCCUAUCUUUAUCAUCAUGGUUGUGAGGGCUCCAGAAGGCUUGAAGAACAUUACUGGACAACUUGAACUUAUAUUAACGGUCGUAAUGAUGUCAUGCAUCACACUCAGCUUAAAGAAGGAGGGCACACGUGAUUCUGUACCACUCGACACACAUUUUGGAAGCAAAUUCCCACUCUGCUUUGAUUGCCAAAGGCCUGUCAAAGAUAUCAUGAACCCGCAACCACCAGCUCCUAGCUCCCAGACUUCUCCAAUGACAACAGAAUUGUUCGAAAUGCAAAGUCAUGCAGGAGCUUUCGACGGUGAUAUAUUCUCUCAAGGACAGCAAGAUGGUGAUGUUCACAUCUGCUUCGCCUUCCCUGCAGUGACUAAUGCAUUUGACCUUGUGAACAAUGAACGCAGCAGGUGCCAGGAGGCAAUGGUUUGA